AUGUCCCUCCGGUGGCUGCUGUCGCGCACACUUGCGAUCCUCCUCCCACUCACAGUCACCGCCACUGUUUACCUCUAUUUCUACCCAGUCUUCGACGGCUGCGCCUUUCCUCUACCAAGAUCUCACGCCUCUGAAUCGGAACCAAAGUCAUCAAUAAGACAAUUCCACCAAAACGCCGUUCUAAACACCUUCCUCCAACACCUCGGCAUCUCACCCUCAACCCCAGACCCAAGCACCGAACCGGCGAUCUUCAGACUCCUAGUCCUCGCAGACCCCCAAUUAGAAGGCGACACCUCCCUCCCAUUCCCGGAAUAUGAACUAUACCCACGCAUACAAACCCACUGGCGAGCCGUCCAAGAAGCAAUCGGCAAUGCAACCACAACCACCCCCAAAACUUCAUUUGCACAAGCCCUCCUAAACGAAACCGUCCUUUCAAACAUAACAACCAGCCUGCGCGAACUAGCAACAGAAGAUAUCCCACGCGCCUUCAAAUCCGCCCUGAAACGCCUCGACCUCUUCGGAAACGACUUCUACCUCGCGCACAUCUACCGCACGCUAUUCUGGUGGACGCGCCCAACACAUACAACCGUCCUCGGCGAUCUGGUGGGCAGCCAAUGGAUUUCGAAUGAGGAGUUCGCUUGGCGCGGAUACCGGUAUUGGAAUCGUGUGUUCCAUGGCGGAGAGCGCGUGGACGAUAACCUCACGCGGACUGGUGCUGUUGGUGCGAGUAGUAAGGAUAAAGCUGCGCCGCCGGUGGAAUUGCUAGGUGUGGAUGCGGACCCGGCUUGGGCGAGGCGGGUUAUUAACAUUGCUGGUAACCAUGAUAUUGGCUACGCGGGUGAUAUCGACGAGGCGCGCAUGGAACGUUUCGAGCGUGUGUUUGGUCGUGCGAAUUGGGAUGUCCGUUUUGAACAUUCUCCUGUGAAUGUAUCAGUCUCGGCUGGAGAGGGUUCCUCCUCUUCUGCGCGGGAAUCGGUUGUUACGCCUACUCUGCAUCUGAUCAACCUCAAUUCUCUCAUGUUUGAUACUCCCGCGCUCUCUUCAGUUGUUCAAGACCGGACUUAUGCUUAUCUGAACGAGCUGAUUUCUCACCGGCUUGCGCCAGUUGAGGACCGGUCAGCGUUUACACUUCUUCUGACGCAUUUGCCUCUCCAUAAACAAGAUGGCAUCUGCACUGACGGUCCUUACUUCUCGUUCCACGAGUCCGAAGAUGAUGACGGUCCCGAUGGAGUCCCCCGUUGGCGUGAAAGCGGUCUCAAGGAGCAGAACCAUAUCAGUGAUACACUCAGCGCUGGCGGUAUCCUGCAGGGUAUCUUUGGAAUGAGUGGCGAUGAGCGUGCACCUCUCGGUGGACAAGGUCGGAAUGGGCUUAUUCUUACGGGGCAUGAUCACACUGGCUGUGAUGCUGUUCAUUAUGUCAAUCGUACUUCCAAGGAAGUAGGUGAUGACCAAGAGCAAAAAGAGGAGGAUCAGAGUACCAAUAGUCCUUCUCAGUCUUGGAAGUGGGCUGCCAAACGCUAUGAGGAGAACCAGCAGAUCAACAGUCCUUCUAUUCGGGAGGUGACUCUUCGCUCGAUGAUGGGUGAGUUUGGCGGUAAUGCCGGUCUCCUCUCGGCGUGGUAUGAUCAGGCUGUUGGCGAGUGGAGCUACGAGAUCACUAUGUGUCCUGCCGGGGUACAGCAUAUCUGGUGGGCUGUCCAUGUUCUUGUGCUUGUGACGCUUGGUGUCGCGCUGGUUUGGUUCCUACUUGGAUUUGUUGCCUUUGGUAAUGAUGGAGCGAGAACAGAUGCUCGUUCGCAAUCUGACAGGAAGGAGCAGAAGCUGCGUCCGCAGGAGUCUUCAAAUGUACAGUCGGAAGAGCCGAAGACAAGAGGACAGAAGAAAUAG